CUUAGCACAGGCAUUCCCAUCACCACAACUGCAAUCUCCCUAUAAAAAGGCCCGCUAUCCCGCUUUCGCGCGGACCCGUAGCAAAUCCACGAGCAUUGGCACCACCACCUCGCCAUCACUGAGAGCCCAACAGACCAGAGCGGCCGGAACGACCGGCAUUUGCAGAGAGGCAAAGGAAGCAACAGCGAAGCCCGUCAUUUCUGCUCAUUCUUCUUCUGGGUCCUAUCCUGUAAAUUAUUACAAGAACAAGAUGGUGGUGAUCGAUCGGUAUAUAGCUGGAACUUUCUUUGCCUCUCUAUUGGGGCUUCUUCUUCUCUGCAUUUUCCGAUUCAAUGACAAGCAAAGGAAGGCCACGAUUAAGGGCUCCAAUGCCACCCUCAAGACCACAUCGUCUACCCGUGGAGAUUACUCGCCAGAUACCGGCUCCGGCACAGACGUCAUCGUCGUCGGCGCAGGUGUCGCUGGUUCUGCACUUGCUUACACUCUUGGCAAGGAUGGACGACGAGUUCAUGUGAUUGAAAGAGACUUGACUGAACCAGAUAGAAUUGUAGGUGAAUUGCUUCAGCCAGGGGGCUACCUGAAAUUAGUUGAACUGGGUCUUGAGGAUUGUGUGGAGGACAUUGAUGCCCAGAGAGUGCUUGGAUAUGCUCUAUUCAAGGAUGGAAAAAAUACUAGAUUGUCAUAUCCCUUGGAAAAUUUUCAUUCAGAUGUUGCAGGGAGGAGCUUUCACAAUGGUCGUUUCAUACAGAAAAUGAGAGAAAAAGCUGCUACCCUGGACAAUGUACGGUUUGAGCAAGGAAUUGUAACAUCCCUUCUCAAAGAAAAUGGGACUAUCAAGGGCGUUGUUUACAAAACUAAGGAUGGUCAAGAACUUAAAGCUUAUGCUCCUCUCACAUUUGUUUGUGAUGGUUGCUUCUCAAAUUUGCGCCGAUCUCUUUGUAACCCUAAGGUAGACAUGCCCUCUUGUUUUGUGGGUUUAGUGCUUGAGAAUUGUGAUCUUCCUUUUGCGAAUCAUGGGCAUGUAAUACUAGCAGAUCCUUCACCCAUAUUGUUUUACCCAAUUAGUAGUACCGAGGUUCGCUGUUUGGUUGAUGUACCUGGUCAGAAAGUUCCUUCCAUUGCCAAUGGUGAACUGGCCAAGUACCUAAAAACCAUGGUGGCACCACAGAUUCCACCUGAGCUUCAAGACUCUUUUAUAUCUGCGAUUGAUAGAGGUAAUGUCAGAACUAUGCCAAAUAGAAGCAUGCCAGCUGAUCCCCACCCUACUCCUGGAGCCCUUCUGAUGGGUGAUGCUUUCAACAUGCGCCAUCCUUUAACUGGAGGUGGAAUGACUGUGGCACUAUCUGAUAUUGUUGUUCUUCGGGAUCUUCUCAAGCCACUAUCAAACCUUCGUGAUGCGCAUUCUUUGGCAAAAUAUCUUGAAUCCUUUUACACGUUGCGCAAGCCGGUCGCAUCUACCAUAAAUACUCUGGCAGGUGCCUUGUACAGGGUGUUCUCGGCUUCUCCUGAUCAAGCUAGGAAGGAAAUGCGCCAAGCAUGUUUUGAUUAUUUAAGCCUUGGAGGUGUAUAUUCGACAGGGCCGGUGGCUUUAAUCUCUGGUCUAAACCCUCGUCCACUAAGUUUGGUUCUCCAUUUCUUUUCCGUGGCAAUAUAUGGUGUUGGGCGACUGCUGCUACCAUUUCCUUCGCCUAAACGCUUGUGGAUUGGAGUUAGAUUGAUAUUGAGUGCCUCAGGUAUUAUAUUCCCCAUUAUCAAGGCGGAGGGAGUGAGGCAAAUGUUCUUCCCAGCAAGUGUUCCUGCUGUAUAUAGAGUUCGAGCUCCUCCUGUCGAUUGAUAUAUAUGGUGGUUGCUUUGGCUCUGUAGGGUUCAAACACAACUACGCAAACUGGCUCAUAUCUGGGAUUGUCCUACCGUAGUUAGGGGCGAUUAUAUAGUCGUUGUUAAUAUUCUAGAAAUUUGUUCCUUUUAACACGGUACUUUUAACCCUUUUUUUUCCUCAGAACUGGAAUUUGUAUUUGAAACUUGGCAUAAUAAAUGGAUGGUUCAUGUGCUUGUAUGUCAA